AUGGGCAGCCAGACGGUUGCUCGAGGCGCCCUCACCGUCUCCCGAACCCACCCGCCGCCGCCGACGCGCGCCUCCCCCAGCGGCCGCGGCCGCGACCACUCCCUCUCGGCGGCCGCCGCGCGCGUCCUGCGGCUCGAAGCCCCCGCGGCCGCCUCGUCCACCUACCUAUGGAACAGGCUGCUCGGCCUCCUCUGCUCCGGCCGCGGCGGGGCCGGGCCGCCCGCCCUCGCCCGCAUGGUGUUCGACGCGAUGCCCGAGCGGGACGCCGUCUCGCACAACACCCUGAUCGCGUGCCUCUCGCGGGCCGUCCCCGGGCACGCGGCGGAGCGCGCGCGCGCCUACUCGCGGAUGCUCCACGAGGACGGGGUCAGGCCCACCGGGACCACCCUCUCCGCCCUCCUUACCGUGAGCGGCGGUGACCCGGCGUCGGCGUGCCGCGGGUUUUCCCGGCAGGUGCACGCCCACGCGGUGCGGCUCGGACUCUGCUCGAACGCGUUCGUGGGGAGCGCCCUGGUGCAGGCGUACCAGCGGUGCGGGGACGCUGACGCCAUGCUCGGCGUGUUCGAGGAGAUCGACGAGCCGGACGUCGUGUGCUGGAACGUCAUGAUCGACGCGUGCGCGCGGAGCGGGAGUGCGUGGCGUGCUGUGGAGGUGCUGUCCAGGAUGUGUAGGGGUGGAGGCGUCGCUGAUGGGUUCACGCUGGCGAGCAUCCUGAAGGCGUGCACCCGCGGCCUGGAUCUGAGGCUUGGCCUGCAGCUACACGCAUGGGCGUGGAAGAUUGGCUCGGAGUCAGAUACGGCAACGUGCAAUGCUCUCAUCACGAUGUACCUGAAAUGCGGUGGCGGGGUGCAUUCAGCUGUCAAUGUCUUCGACGGGAUCUCUGAGCCAAACAUAAUUUCUUGGACGGCCAUGAUUGCUGGGUUGGCGCAGAAUGGCCUUGCCAUGGAAGCAGCCGGCUUUUACAAACACAUGGUGAGGGUUGGGGAGAAGGAGAAUGACUUCUGCUUCACUAGCGUGCUCUCAGCAUUCAGCACCCUUGCGAGUCUGGGGCAUGGCAAGAUGGUGCAUUGUCGCGCUGUGAAGGCUGGCUAUUGUUUUGAUACGAUCCUUGGGAACGCCCUUCUUGACAUGUACUUCAAGUGUGGCAGCUCUGCAGAUGCUCAAUUUGUCUUUGACACAAUGCGAGCACACGAUGUGGUGUCAUGGACAGCUAUGGUGGUCGGGUAUGGGCGGCAUAGUGAGGCCAGAAAAGCUGUUGAAUGCUUUAGAGCAAUGGUUGGUGGUGGAUUUAGGCCAGACAGCAUUACAUUUCUUGCUGUCCUUUCUGCCUGUAGCCGAGGAGGUAUUGUGGAUGAAGGACUUAGCAUUUUUCGCUCCAUGGCUGAGGAUCAUGGCAUUAAGCCAGAAAGAGAGCAUUGUGCAUGUUUGGUGUAUCUGCUAGGCCAUGCCGGUAGGCUAAAUGAAGCAGAAACACUGAUUAGGAAGAUGGGUUUGCAACUUGAUACAUUUGCGUGGGAGUCACUUCUGGGUGCCUGUGGAAUACAUGGAGAAGUUGAGCUCGGGAAGAGGUCAGCAGGGAAGGUCAUGGAACUGGAGCCUUGGAAGGAUGGACCUUAUUUUUCACUGUCGAACAUGUAUGCUGAACAAUCCCAAUGGCAUGAAAAGGAGAUGUUGAGAGGGAGGCUUGACUACAGCAAUGUCAAGAAAGAUGCUGCUCUCAGCUGGUUUCCAGUUUGAGAAGUAAAUUAAGAACCUCAUGUGGUUCUGUGUGAUUACUCAGACAAUUUGUGCGAAGACGAGGAAACAGUGGGGAUGAAAUCCAUAUACACUUGCUGAAUUUACAGAACUGGAGCCGUCAGUCAUUCAGCUCGUGAGGAUUUGCAGGUGCAAGGACAUGAGCAGUCCGCAGAUAUGAAGAAACACAAGUUACAAUGAUCGAGAACCACCUUCCUCCGCAGCCUACACGAACAAGAGAAGACAUGCAUCGUCAGAGAUCAACUAAUAUGUUUACGAAAUCUGGUUCAACUCCAGGUUUUUAUUGCCAAUUGUUGAUUCAGAGACACAAGUAUGUAAAUUUUGUCUUUAGUUGUUGAUUCAGAUCAACAAUGUGAAUAUUUUGAUUAAAAAUUGUGCAUUUUAGUGAAUGUAUUAUUUUUGUGAGGAUUUACUGAAUGUAUGUACAUUUAACUCUUAUGGAAAUCUCUACCUUAAGUAUAGGAAAUUUG